CUGGGUGCGUCUAGCGGUAUGCAGGCGAGCAUUGUCGUGAACCGACACACCGGAAAUGGUGCCAUAGAAAAUCCCGCCAAAUGUGAAGAGGCCAAGGAGUAACUGCUCGUGAAGUUCAUGGAGCCUGGUUUGAUACUCAGUUCAGACAUCUGCUGUGAAAUGUUACAAAAACUCACACAAACCAUCCACAACAAGCGUCGGGCCUGCUGACUUCCGGCGUGGUGUGGUGUCGGUUCACGAUAACACUUGCCCACAAACCGCUAGAUCAGUGUUUCUCAACCUUGACAAUUUUAAGGCAUGUGGACUUCAACUCCCAGAAUUCCACAGCCAUUUGGGUGCUUGGCAGCCAGUCCACACUUAACAAGCAGCUGCAGCUUCUUGGGGCUAUGCGAUCGUGUUUUGCAAUAGUUUUUGUUGCUUUCUGGGCAAAAAAUGACAAUAAUAAUCACAAAACACUUCCUGUGGAUCAUCUGGAUUUGGACUCGUGAGCACAUAAUUUGCUUUAGGACCAGGUGACUCACUUAGCAACCGUUAUAAAAAUGAUCUUACAAUUGACCAGAAUUCUGGGCUCAAUUGUUGUCGUAAUUUGAGGACGACCCUAUUGUGGUUUCUAGCAAUGUAGUCCAGAGAUUAAAUCGCAGCAGCUCUGCAUCCUUCGGGUGUUCUCAUUGUGUGGAUAGGCAGAGGCUUCCCUUCCUUCUUUCCUUCAUUGGUCUCACUUUUUUCCCCCCAAUGCAGGUGAUUUGAUUAUAGAAGACGUAUAACUUCCUCCCACCACCAUUCACCACCAUUCUCCAAAGAAAGAAGCAGCAUACAACUGCCGUGUUUCCCCGAAAGUUGAGAAUUACUAAUCUAGAGAGAAACCGAAUAUGAGUUAUCGCUUUAUUGUUGGACAAGGUGGGAUGGUUUGGAAAUCUUAAAAGAGGUGCUGGAAAUCCUUUAUUAUUCUACCAGGUGUCAUUAUCCCAACUCAAGAUCUACCCCGUGCAGUUCAAGCAGCCGUGCAAAGAUUGGGAGCGAUUAUUCCGUAGGUUUGCAAAGGGCUUGCUAAUUCCACGGGAAGUUACGGUCAUCAUCUGCAAAGAGGUUACUCCGGCAGACAGCCCUGAGUUUCUCUUACUCCGCAUUUCUUCUGCCUUGGAGAAGGGACUUUUGCCAAGGAAAUGUUGCUGAGAUGUUUCUGUUAGUGGCUCUUUCAGAGGUCCUUCUGCUCUGGGGCUGGAUGUGCAGGUCGGAAGGCCUUUGCUCGCCUACCAGGUUUUACAAAAACUGCUGGAUCCGACAGUUCCCGGGUCUCUCCCUUGAUCUGGAGCAUUCCCAGGAGCAAGGAGCACGGAUCCUCAAGGUUUACGUUGCAUCCACUGCCGGACAGUGCAGCCAGGCCUGCUGCAUCCUCAAGGAUGUUUUCUGUAACAUGGCUGUUUUCUACUACAAAACCAAUAUUCACAAUAUAAACUGCAUUCACAUGUAUUGCCCAGUGCUGGAAAGCUGCAUAGUGAAACCUACAAGAAAUGUGGUCCUGUAUAAUAUUACACCAGGAGUUGAUCCUGAUCUUCUUGUUUUCGAGAAGCUCUCGUUCAAAGAUAUAAACGCCCGGUCUUCUUUUCAUAAAUGGGAGAGGCAUGGUAGGGCCCGGGUUGCUGGCCUAGACCAGGAUGAACUAUCUUCCACAAGAUUCCUCUUCCCGGAGGCCUCCUCUCCCACAACAGCCACAAAGCCAGGUGUGGACAGGAGCAACCAGAGCUCAGCAGUAGAUGUUGCCCUCAAGAACUCAGCCAUCACGUUAAUGGCGACGGCUUCGACCAUGGACGAUUCGGUGGAAGCAGCUGAGAUUCUUCCAGGGAGGAACAGCUCUACCCCCACUUCAGGUAAUGCCAAGGCAUCUUCUGCACCCAUCCAGAUGGCAUCACUAUCGCCUGGCCGGGUUCUUCCCAAUAACAGCAAACCCUUGAACGAAACCAAACUCUACAGUGGAAGGAACAACAGGUCUGAUGACGAUGAAGGCCAGCAGCCCUCAGAGGAGAUGGCGGGAGGAGAGGCCUGGUGGCCUCUGGCUGUACUUUGUUCAAUGGCCUUCACGGGCUGCUGCUGCUGCUGUUGUGGUAUCUUUUGGGCAACAGGAUGGAAAAAGAGACGCCGUUAUAAACCAAGGCAGAAAGGAAGAUCAGCACCUAGCCAAUUCAUAAAAUACUCUGCCGUUAAGAGCAGUUUUUAAUGGUCAAAUUCCAAAUUCAUCAGGAAUGGAGUAGAGUAGAA